AUGUUCCUCAAAAGUCUCCUUAGUUUUGCGUCUAUCCUAACGCUUUGCAAGGCCUGGGAUCUGGAAGAUGUACAAGAUGCACCAAAGAUCAAAGGUAAUGAAGUACCCGGUCGCUAUAUCAUUGAGUAUGAAGAAGCUUCCACUUCAGCAUUUGCUACCCAACUGAGAGCUGGGGGAUAUGACUUUAACAUCCAAUACGACUACUCAACUGGUUCCCUUUUCAACGGAGCAUCUGUUCAAAUCAGCAACGAUAACAAAACCACUUUCCAGGAUUUGCAAAGUUUGCGUGCAGUCAAAAAUGUUUACCCAGCUACUCUCAUUACAUUAGAUGAAACAUUUGAGCUUGCUGACACGAAGCCAUGGAACCCUCAUGGAAUUACCGGUGUCGAUUCUUUGCAUGAGCAAGGAUAUACUGGUAGUGGUGUUGUUAUUGCAGUUAUCGAUACUGGUGUUGACUAUACACACCCUGCUCUGGGUGGUGGUAUCGGAGAUAAUUUCCCUAUCAAAGCUGGUUAUGAUUUGUCUUCCGGUGAUGGUGUCAUCACGAAUGAUCCUAUGGAUUGUGACGGUCAUGGUACCUUUGUAUCCUCCAUCAUUGUUGCAAAUAACAAAGAUAUGGUUGGUGUUGCACCAGAUGCUCAGAUUGUCAUGUACAAAGUGUUCCCCUGUUCUGAUAGUACUUCGACUGACAUAGUUAUGGCGGGUAUGCAAAAGGCCUAUGAUGAUGGUCACAAGAUUAUUUCGCUAUCACUGGGAUCUGACUCGGGGUUUUCCAGUACUCCAGCUUCCUUAAUGGCCAGCAGGAUUGCUCAAGACAGAGUUGUUUUGGUGGCUGCUGGUAACUCUGGAGAACUUGGUCCAUUCUAUGCCUCCUCCCCUGCUUCUGGGAAACAAGUCAUUUCAGUUGGAUCUGUUCAAAACGAACAAUGGACAACCUUUCCAGUAACCUUUACCUCUUCAAACGGUGAAUCAAGGGUUUUUCCUUACCUCGCUUACAAUGGUGCACAGAUUGGAUUUGAUGCCGAGCUUGAGGUUGAUUUUACCGAAGAAAGAGGAUGCGUCUAUGAACCAGAGAUCUCCGCAGAUAAUGCGAAUAAAGCUAUUUUGUUAAGAAGGGGCGUCGGCUGUGUUGAAAACUUGGAAUUCAAUUUAUUGUCUGUGGCUGGUUACAAGGCUUACUUCUUGUACAACUCAUUUUCAAGACCAUGGAGUCUCUUGAAUAUUUCUCCACUGAUUGAGCUAGACAACGCUUACUCUCUUGUUGAAGAGGAAGUUGGAAUAUGGGUGAAAACCCAAAUCGACGCCGGUAACACCGUCAAGUUAAAGGUGAGCACGAGUGACCAAAUGUUGCCAUCUGAUAAAGAGUAUUUGGGAGUUGGAAAGAUGGAUUAUUACUCCUCUCAAGGACCUGCUUAUGAGCUUGAAUUUUUCCCAACGAUAUCCGCUCCAGGUGGAGACAGUUGGGGCGCUUGGCCCGGUGGGCAAUACGGUGUUGCCUCAGGAACAAGUUUUGCUUGCCCCUAUGUUGCAGGUCUUACAGCUCUUUAUGAAUCGCAGUUUGGAAUUCAAGAUCCCCAGGACUAUGUGAGAAAAUUAGUCUCCACAGCUACCGAUCUUCAAUUAUUUGACUGGAACGCAGUGAAACUUGAGACCUCUAUGAAUGCUCCACUUAUUCAACAGGGAGCUGGUCUAGUGAACGCUCUUGGUUUGUUUGAGACUAAGACUGUGAUCGUGUCUGCUCCUUAUUUGGAGCUCAAUGACACCAUCAAUAGAGCCAGUGAGUAUACCAUUCAAAUUAAGAAUGAGAACUCUGAGACUAUUACCUAUCAAGUUGUUCACGUUCCGGGAACUACUGUCUACUCUAGAUCAGCUUCUGGGAACAUCCCAUACCUGGUCAAUCAAGAUUUUGCACCUUACGGUGAUAGUGAUGCUGCGACAGUUGCUCUAUCCACAGAAGAGUUGGUUUUGGGACCAGGAGAAGUUGGUGAAGUCACUGUGAUCUUCUCUACAGAAGAAAUUGAUCAAGAAACUGCUCCAAUUAUUCAGGGUAAGAUUACAUUUUAUGGUGAUGUCAUACCGAUUGCUGUUCCUUAUAUGGGAGUUGAAGUUGAUAUUCAUUCCUGGGAGCCUCUCAUUGAGAGGCCUUUAUCAGUGAGAAUGUAUUUGGAUGAUGGUUCCUUAGCAUAUGUUGAUGAUGAUCCUGAUUAUGAGUUCAAUGUGUAUGACUGGGAUUCUCCUAGAUUUUAUUUUAACCUGAGAUAUGCAACCAAAGAAGUAUCGAUUGACUUGGUGCACCCUGAUUAUAGCAUUGAGAACGACUACGAAUGGCCUUUAGUUUCCGGACACAACAACUAUUAUGGUCCCGUGGGAUACGACUACGAUUAUACCUCGGGUCAAGCCUUUUUGCCUCGUUACUUUCAACAACGUAUUAACGAACUUGGAUAUCUUUCUUUUUCCAGAUUUGCUAACUUUUCUGUAGUUCCUGCUGGUGAAUACAAAGCUCUAUUUAGAGUUUUGCUACCAUAUGGAGACUUUUGGAACAAAGAAGACUGGCAAUUGUUUGAAUCCCCAGUGUUUAACGUCCUCGCUCCACCGAAUGAAGAAAACACUACUGAAGAGCCAACUGAGGAAUCCAGCGAGGAGCCUACCGAAGAGUCAACGUCUGAGUCAACUGAAGAGCCCUCUUCUGAGUCAACUGAGAAAUCUAGCGAGGUGCCAACUGAAGAAAUUACUGAAGAUGCAACAUCCACAAUUGAUGAUGAUGAAGCAUCCACCGAAAGCUCUACUGAAGAACCAAGUGCUCAGCCCACCGGUCCUUACUCUGAUUUGACUGUCGGUGAGGCCAUUACCGACGUUAGUGUCACCAGUUUGAGGACAACUGAAGCAUUUGGAUACACUUCCGACUGGUUGGUUGUGUCUUUCACUUUCAACACUACUGACAGAGAUAUUACUCUCCCACCUUACGCUGUUGUACAAGUAACUAUCCCAAAUGAACUUCAAUUCAUUGCUCAUCCAGAAUACGCCCCAUACCUUGAGCCCUCAUUGCAAGUUUUCUACACUAAGAAUGAAAGAUUAAUUAUGACUAGUCAGUUCAACUACGACACCAGAGUCAUCGACUUCAAGUUUGACAAUCGAGACCAAGUAAUAACUCAAGUGGAGGGAGUUGUUUAUUUCACGAUGAAACUAGAACAAGAUUUCAUUUCUGCAUUGGCCCCAGGUGAAUACGAUUUUGAAUUUCAUACAUCCGUUGAUUCUUAUGCUUCGACCUUUGACUUUAUUCCAUUGAUUAGAUCCGAGCCAAUCAAAUUGAUAGCAGGUGCACCAGACGAAGUUGAAUGGUUUAUUGAUAUUCCAAGUGCAUACAGCGAUUUGGCAACGAUAGAUAUUAGUUCUGAUAUCGAUACUAAUGAUAAUUUGCAGCAGUACUUCUAUGAUUGCUCAAAGCUCAAGUACACUAUUGGAAAAGAGUUUGAUCAGUGGGGUAAUUUUACAGCUGGAUCAGAUGGUAACCAAUACAGCAAUACCACCGAUGGGUAUGUUCCAAUUACUGAUUCUACCGGCUCUCCAGUAGCUGAAGUUCAAUGUUUAAUGGAAAGUAUCUCAUUGAGUUUCACAAAUACUCUUGCUGAGGAUGAAGUAUUGAGAGUUGUUCUUCACUCUUCUGCGUUUAGACGUGGUUCAUUCACCAUGGCCAACGUGGUAAACGUUGACAUUACAGCUGGUGGAUUGGCAAAAAGAGAACUCUUCUCUUAUAUAUUGGAUGAAAAUUACUAUGCUAGUACUGGAUCUGAGGGGUUGGCAUUUGACGUAUUUGAAGUUGCUGAUCAGGUCGAGGAGCCAACUGAGGAGUCAACCUCAGAGGAAUCUACUGAACAGGAAACUUCCACCGAGGAACCUACCGAGGAAUCAACUGAACCUACUGAGGAAUCUACCCAGGAACCUACUGAAGAGCCCACCGACGAGCCUACUUCUGAGUCAACUGAGGAACCUUCUGAGGAGCCAACUUCUGACGAUCUCUCAAUUGACCCAACUGCUGUACCUACCGAUGAACCUACUGAAGAGCCAACUGAGGAGCCUACUUCUGAGUCAACUGAGGAACCUUCUGAGGAGCCAACUUCUGACGAUCUCUCAAUUGACCCAACUGCUGUACCUACCGAUGAACCUACUGAAGAGCCAACUGAGGAGCCGACCUCUGAGACUACCGAUGAUCCAUCGAUAGCACCUACUGCUGUGCCAACUUCCGACACAUCUUCUGGACAAUCGGUGGUUACUCAAAACACUACAGUCACUCAGACUACCAUCACUUCAGUCUGUAAUGUUUGUGCUGAGACCCCUGUAACAAUCACUUACACUGCACCAGUUGUGACUAAGCCAGUUUCUUACACCACCGUUACUUCAGUUUGCCAUGUAUGUGCAGAGACACCAAUCACAGUUACCUUGACGUUGCCAUGUGAAACCGAAGACGUGACAAAGACUGCCGGCCCUAAGACUGUCACUUACACCGAAGUUUGCAACUCCUGUGCUGACAAGCCUAUCACUUACACCUACAUCGCUCCAGAGUACACUCAAGGUGCCGAACGUACAACAGUUACAUCGGUUUGCAACGUUUGUGCUGAGACACCUGUAACGCUAACAUACACUGCGCCGAAAGCCAGUCGUCAUACAGUUCCUUCACAAUAUUCAAGUGCCGGAGAGCUCAUUUCAUCCAAGGGGAUCACGAUUCCUACUGUUCCUGCCCGUCCAACUGGUACUUAUAGUAAGUCUGUUGACACUAGCCAACGUACACUCGCUACCAUUACAAAAUCUUCAGAUGAGUCUAACACUGUUACCACUACUCAAGCCACACAAGUUUUGAGCGGUGAAUCCAGUGGAAUUCAAGCUGCUUCAAACAGCACGAGCAUCUCAGCUCCAACUGUCACUACAGCUGGGAACGAGAACUCUGGAUCUAGAUUUUCGUUUGCUGGACUAUUCACAGUUCUGCCUCUUAUCUUGUUCGUUAUAUAA